AAUAGGGAUGAGGCGCAAAACGAGUCUAUAGUAAGAUGGUUGUCUCAAGGGAUGGAGCUAUGGAACAAACUCUUCACAAAUCGCAGGAAAAAUGAGACUAACAAACUCCACAAGCCAGGCCCGGGGCGGAACGGAAGCGUGGUCCGGCAAGGCGCGGCGCCGAUCUCCCUGCAGAAGGACGGGGUUCGGGUCCUGCUGUUCCGCGAGUGUGACACCAGAGGGAGGAAGCUGCUCUACGACUCCAAGACGGUAGUGCAGGUGCCGCUCGGGGAUGCCGCCCCCCACGCCGCGCCCCCCGCCCCCAAGACGCUCUUCAAGGGCAGCUGGGGGGGUGCGGGGGGCCCCUCAGCACAGCAGCACGCGCAGACCAAGUCCCCGGCGUCAGCGAGGGCACAGCAGAAGAGCGAGACUUCGUAUGCGGAGGUCAGCGACGGUUAUGGCUACCAGUACCAACAAAAGGAAGGGGACACUAAAGCCUUCGCCGAGCUGGUCUUCGGCUCCGUGGACUUAGCCUACCGGGGGUCCUGCUCCAAGCUCCACCUCCUGCAGGAUCCGCCCCCCCGCGUCCUGCUCUCCCGGACUGCCCCCGCGCCCCCGUCACACCUCCCUCGGCAUAAUGCUUCUAGUGACCAGGGCAUCGAAGACGGCUCCUUCAGCUCCUCCAUCAGCUCCCUGGGGGACGCGUCAACACAGGAGGUGCCGUGGGGGGUGGGGGGGGCACACACGCUGGCCAUGGGUGUGCCGGGGGGCCUGGGGUCGUCAAUCAGCGAGGGGGACUCAGGCUUCGUGGGCCCCCCCUCCCCCUACUCCUCCACCUGUGGGUCAUUUCUCUCCCCCCCCUCCCUGGUGUCCACCCCCCUCGGCACUCCCUCGUCCCGGCAAGGCUCGGGCAACAGCCUCAAGAACUCCGGGAGCCUCAACAGCCUUCAGCGACGGUUCCUGCGUAACGUGAACACCUCGUUGGAGGCUCUGGGGGCGGGGCAGGACGAGGCGGGGGGUCGGGCGCCCUCCCCCGGCCACCCCGCCCAGCGCCGCGCCACGAAGCUGGGCGUGGCCGUCAUAAUACAGCUUCAGGGACAACAACAACAUCAACAGCAGCGAGAGCGCGUGGAGGAGUGGCUGUUUCUCCACCUGGGCGUCAUCGAGAGCUGCGUCAACAAGCUCCAGUCCGCCCUGCACUCCGCCUACCUCCACCGGCAGACCUUCGUGUCCUCCACCCAUGCUGCUGUCGCCAAACUGCAGCAGGACCUUGUGGACUUGGUGAGCGGACCGCGGUUGUGUCGGCCGGUGUGGUUGGGGCUGCUGGGUCAGUCCGGGGCGGCUGUGGCGGCUGCGGCGGAGAGACACGCCCUCUGCACCUCCUUCGUGGACACCUUGGCGGCUGUUCUCGGCACCUUCGACACCAAGCAGACCAACUUUUUCGUCAGCAAGCUCCUGACGGCUGUACUGACACAUCACCUGGGCUGGGUGUCCACGGUGGCCCCCCAUGACCCCCCGGUGCCCUCCUCGCCCCCCGCCUCACCCACCGCCCUUGCCCACCGCCCGCCCUUCACCCCUGCGCAGCCGUCGUGGGCUGAGCGGCUGAGUGAGUCACACCCAUACAGCGCGGUGUGGGCCCAACUUUGUGAGCUGAGCGGGGCGGUCGGCUAUCCGCCCCGCGCCGCUCGCACCGUCCUGCUGGGCUCCGACACCUCCCUCCUCCAGCACCUCCUCACCAUACUCUCCUAUGUCAUCAGGUGCUCACAGGUGGUGGAGCAGCAGGUGGAAUGUCCCGUGGGUGGCCCCGACGUGGCCCCGGCCGUGCCCCGCCACCUCCAGGCCGGGUCCUCCCAGUGCUCCUCAGCCGCCUCCAUCGUCACCAUCGUGGAGGAGGCCCCGGGGACACUGCAGCGCGAGGCAAGCUUACGGCACAGCAGGAGGGCCACUCGGGGCGGGGCGCGGACGCAGGAACCCCGGGGCAUGUCGGACGGGGCGGAGGAGCAGCCCCGACAAGCCCCAGACCAAGGUGGAGUCGUGGAAAAGCGAUGGAUGUUGAACGAUGGUGAGGAGAUUGUGAUCCACGGUGCUGGGGAGGGUGGCCGGCCCCCCUCCCCCUACCCCAGUGUGGAGGCCCCCCCUAGACCCCCGGACGUGCCCCCUGCGCCCCUGGAGGCUCCCCCGGAACGCCCCGCCAGAACAUUGAAAACCUGUAAAACUUCAAGUGAUUUAGCAGCUCUGGCGGGCGGUGAGGAUGAGGAGGAGGAGGACAUGAUGAGAGGGGGGGGCAUGUACCUCACCCCAGGCCCUCCCGCAGGUGCCCCCGCCCCCACCCCCACCCCCAGGAGCCUGUACCCCGCCUUGCACCACCUGGAUGACCACCGGGAGACCUUUGGCCCGGUGAUACUCGAGCCGGGAAUUAUCGCGGAAAAGGUUCACAAACUCUUCCGUGGGUCGCCGUUAAGAGACCCAGACCCAGCCCAAGCCACCCAGACCCCCCCACAGACCCCAACGCCCUCUGCCCCCUCCCCCCAGGCUCCCAUUCCCCCGCCAAGGACUAGAAGGAGUAUAUCGGGGAAGGGGGAGAGGGAGGGGCCGGUGUGUGUUGCCCCGGCACCCGAGUCAGCUGGUCUGAGGCGGGUCUGCCCCACGCGGGUGACUGUGCCGGCGAAGGACAUUCACCCGGAAGUGGAGGAGGGCGGGGGGGUGCUCCUCCUCCACCAGAGCACUCCACCCGCACACGCACACUCGGAAACGCACAUACGGGACCUACACAGCCGCACACAAGCUCUGGCUGAUGCACACUCACACGCACAGUCCGACUCACACAUACACACUCAAAGACGCACACAACCCCCGACACACACGCAGUCGGAAACGCACAUACGCACACAUAAAAAUCAAAUCUUACCAAUGCACUCACAAUCAGACUCACACAUACACACACAGAGACGCACACAACCCCCGACACACACGCACACACAGCCAGAAACGCACAUACGCACACAUAAAAAUCAAUUCAUACCAACGCACUCACAAUCGGACUCACACAUACACACACAGAGACGCACACAAACGCAGAAACGCACACAGAAUAACACAAAACUCGAGGGCUUAUCCAGGGUGAAGGGUGACCUCGUGACCUGUCUCCCGCACCCUAUGGACACCAGGCGAAGGGUCAGGUCGAGAAACGUGGGUCGCGAAUCCGCCUCUGACCUCACAAAACUGGAAGCCGACCGGACGAUAUACCCCACACUGACCGACCUGAAGGAGGACAGCACGGCGCCAGGUCAGGGGUCGAAGCUGGGUCAUGUUGGGUCAUCGGAGGUCACGCAGACUCACCGACGGCACCACAGCGACCCUACCAAUGGGGUGUUCACGUGCGUUCCGAUAGCGGAGUUGAAUGUGGUGGAGGAGAUGGUGGAGAGGUCACACCCACACCCAAAUGCGGGGCCGGGUGUGGUGGGUGUGGGUGUCUCGGAAAACCCCACAACCUCGGUGCUUAGGGAAGAGGAGAGGACGGACAGUGAGGGUAAGGAGGAGGAAGAGAAGAAGGAAGAGGAGGAAGGGAAGAAGGAAGAGGAAGUGAAGAUUGAGGAGCCUGUUGUUAUACCCAUGCCCAGAUGUGUGUGUAUCCCUACCACCAGCAACAACACCUCCUCCACCUUCACCACCACCGCUAAUGGGCUGGUGGGGUCACUGCUGGGGGGGGUGUUAGACCAUUACGCGUCACCCUUCGUCCUGCACGCCACCACGCAGACGCAGCGCUGGGAGGAUGCGCUUCGCCAAGACCUGUCCUCCGCGGCGCACCACUCACCCCUAGACCCUCAGCUGGCGGAGGCAGUGGCGGUGGUGGCGGAUGCUGACUCAUGGGAGGUGCAGGUGGUGUCCUCGCACUCCUAUGUGGUGGGCGGCGGCGGUGGCGGCUGCGGCGGGGGGCUGGUGGGGCUGAGGGUGGACGCCUCGCCUCUCGUCUCCUCCAUCACCGACUCUGUUCUGGACCUGACCCGCCUCGGCACCAGUCCUCUGUUUAUCGUACAACACCUUGAGGAGCGUCUUAGCGAACUCUACCUCAAGUCUCAGCUCCUGGCGCAGUACCUCCUGGGCGGGGCGGUAGGCGGGGCGACGGGGGCCACCUCCGCGCCGUACCACCUGCCGGAGCUGACCCGCGCCCUGGGACUGGACCUGAACGACCUGCCCCUUCUGUUGGCGGUGGCCUCGACGCACACGCCCGCACUCACGCAUAUGUUUGGCUUAUGUGUGAGGUGAUAGUGGUUGUUUGGGGUGCUUGAUGGUGCUGUGUCGGUGUGGCAGUGGGAGCAAUAAGUGGUUAGUGGUGCUGGGAAUGGCAGUGGGUGUUAUAGUUGGCAAGUUGACAAGUUCUCCUCUCUCCCUUCUUUGUUCCGGUGUUGUCAAGUCCAUCUCCCUCAGUCUGUCUUCCUUCCCCUCCUGUCUCUCUCCGGCACAUGACCACAGAUGUUGCGCCGACUAAACAAAACUUUCCAAACUUUCAAUCUGUUUUCCUUCCCCUCCUGUCUCUCUCCGGCACAUGACCACAGAUGUUGCGCCGACUAAACAAAACUUUCAAUCUGUCUUCCUUCCCCUCCUGUCUCUCUCCGGCAUAUGACCACAGAUGUUGCGCCGACUAAACAAAACUUUCAAUCUGUCUUUCUUCCCCUCCUGUCUCUCUCCGGCAUAUGACCACAGAUGUUGCGCCGACUAAACAAAACUUUCCAAACUUUCAAUCUGUUUUCCUUCCCCUCCUGUCUCUCUCCGGCAUAUGACCACAGAUGUUGCGCCGACUAAACAAAACUUUCCAAACUUUCAAUCUGUCUUCCUUCCCCUCCUGUCUCUCUCCGGCAUAUGACCACAGAUGUUGCGCCGACUAAACAAAACUUUCCAAACUUUCAAUCUGUUUUCCUUCCCCUCCUGUCUCUCUCCGGCACAUGACCACAGAUGUUGCGCCGACUAAACAAAACUUUCCAAACUUUCAAUCUGUCUUUCUUCCCCUCCUGUCUCUCUCCGGCAUAUGACCACAGAUGUUGCGCCGACUAAACGAAACUUUCCAAACUUUCAAUCUGUUUUCCUUCCCCUCCUGUCUCUCUCCGGCAUAUGACCACAGAUGUUGCGCCGACUAAACAAAACUUUCCAAACUUUCAAUCUGUUUUCCUUCCCCUCCUGUCUCUCUCCGGCAUAUGACCACAGAUGUUGCGCCGACUUAACGAAACUUUCAAUCUGUCUUCUUUCCCCUCCUGUCUCUCUCCGACAUAUGACCACAGAUGUUGCGCCGACUAAACAAAACUUUCAAUCUGUCUUCCUUCCCCUCCUGUCUCUCUCCGGCACAUGACCACAGAUGUUGCGCCGACUAAAUGAAACUUUCAAUCUGUCUUUCUUCCCCUCUUGUCUCUCUCCGGCACAUGACCACAGAUGUUGCGCCAACUAAACAAAACUUUCCAAACUUUCAAUCUGUUUUCCUUCCCCUCCUGUCUCUCUCUGGCAUAUGACCACAGAUGUUGCGCCGACUAAACAAAACUUUCAAUCUGUCUUCUUUCCCCUCCUGUCUCUCUCCGGCACAUGACCACAGAUGUUGCGCCGACUAAACAAAACUUUCAAUCUGUCUUCCUUCCCCUCCUGUCUCUCUCCGGCACAUGACCACAGAUGUUGCGCCGACUAAACAAAACUUUCAAUCUGUCUUCCUUCCCCUCCUGUCUCUCUCCGGCACAUGACCACAGAUGUUGCGCCGACUAAACAAAACUUUCAAUCUGUCUUCCUUCCCCUCCUGUCUCUCUCCGGCACAUGACCACAGAUGUUGCGCCGACUAAACAAAACUUUCAAUCUGUUUUCCUUCCCCUCCUGUCUCUCUCCGGCAUAUGACCACAGAUGUUGUGCCGACUAAACGAAACUUUCCAAACUUUCAAUCUGUCUUCAUACAUCAUAUUCGAGAGUUCUGGGACCAUUUUAGUUGCAAUUCUCUGUACCCUUUCCAGCUUUCUGAUAUCCAAACUCUAGAUUUCAUGGAUAAAACUUACAAAUUCAAGAGGAAGACAUAUUUUCAAGAGGAGUGCCACAAGAAGAAAAGUGUACCAGAAGUUUGUGCAAGAGGAAGGAAGAGGAAGAGGGACAUUUUCAAGAGGAGAGAAUCGCAAAGGCCAAUCCGAGAGGUGGUUUAAGAGGUCACAGGAAUGAAGGUGAACUGUGUGUGUGUGUGUGUGUGUGUGUGUGUGUGUGUUUGUACGUAUGUAUGGAAAAAUUUUAAGCUUUUUUCGAGCUGUGAUAAAACCUGUGAUUAAUACCCCCCCCUCCCCCCCCCUCGUGUGUGUGUGUGUGUGUGUGUGUGUGUGUGUGUGUCCCUCCCUUCCCCUACCCAGCUCCUAUUAAUCCAUAAGAAACUGUGUAUAAAUAUUAAAAUUCUAAGUUAUUAUUAUUAUUAUUGUUAUUAUUAUUAUUAUUAUUAUUGUGGAUAUGUCUUGACAUAGAAAUAGAUCAUGUUUGAUUAGUUAAGGGAUGAUUUUUGUCAGGUGUGUGCGUAUGUGUGUGUGUGUGUGCGUGUUUUCCGUGGAAGUAUAAAAAGUAUCAUUCAUUUCGUACACAUGAUUUCUCUCUAUCUAUCUGUCUAUCUAUCAAUCUCUCCCAGCUGGUCUGAAGGAGCCUACAAUGAUUGAUUAAUAUAUAGAAAGCUUAGGUGUGUGUGUGUGUGUGUGUGUGUGUGUGUGUGUGUGUGUGGACGUCAACCACUGAUAUUACGAACGAAUUGCAAGGAACCGCCGGACCAGCAUUGCCAGAUUAUCAUACCCAGAACAUCAUAUUCUCUGGAAACAAACACCGAUUUUAACGAUAACUCAAACUGAAGCUCUAUAUCGGGGUGGAAAUGACAGUUUUGGGCGGAAAUCGGCAAAUAUAAGCGGAUGCGUACGGCAAUCUGGCAACGUUGAACCCGACCCUGGCGCUUAUGAUUUCCCCCUUGCGUUUAUACCCAUGUCGGAGGUGCCUGUAGAGCAGUGCCAUAUCGUGUUGAAGGCACCGAUCUGAAGGGGAUAAAUGGUUGGAUGCCAAAUCAUAGGGUACGGAAGCUAAGGGUAUUGAGUAUGGUGUCGUGUUCAAGGCGUCUAUGGUUUUCUGAGUCCCUUGUGUAUGGUGUCGAACUGCAGUGUCGAGUCAUUUAUUUUACUUUACUUAUCUUUUAUUAAUUUUUAUUUUUAUUUUUUGGAUGUAUGAUUUACACCGAACGAUGUUGUUUUUUCCGUCGCCUGUAAAGUCUCUAUCCGUAAGUGUUUAUGGAGAUUGGCGAGUUAUUUUCAUAUCCAUUUUUUCCUCCUUUAUCCGUAAGAGUUGAUUAUGCUUUUUAUAUUAAUUUUUUCCUCUAUCUAUAUCCGUAUUAGUUUAUGGAUGAUUAAGAUUGAUUGCCACACUUGUUUAAUUUAUUUUUUCCUUUCUUUUCUUUAUCCGUAUGAGUUGACGGAAGACGAAGAGCGAUUGCAAUGUUUUUAUUAUUAUUAUUUUUUUUAACAUAUUUUCCUCUUUUUUUGUGUUGGCGACAAACCAAAACGUCAAUCCAUGAAAAGCGUUUGUGGCGAGAAUCAUGUUGUUGUUGUUGGUUUGUGAAUGCCUGUUGUUUUUAAGGGGGACUAUUGUGUUAUUAUUAUUGUUAUCAUUAUUUUUUUUUUCUUUGUGUAAGUGUGUGUGUGUGUGUGUGUGUGUGUGUGGAAAGGGGAAGAAACCAAAAAAAAUAACAAUGCCCAUCUCGUCCGCGUCUCUCCGGUAAUGUAAAACGUUUUAUAAAUUUUGUAAUGUUUAUAAGCUAGUCAAGAAUAAAUGGGUCUCACAUAAGGUUACA